AUGCAUUUAUAUUUGAAAUCAACAUCAACAAAUCCAGGAAGAUUUGAGAGAGUAGCAGAAGCGUUUAAUGAAGGAUCUAAGGCAAGAAUGUGUGCUGAGAGUAGUGGAAGUGAACAUUCAGCAGUAAACGAAACUUCAUCUGACGAUGAUCUUUCUGACUUAGUCCAUUUGUAUUUAGAGAGCGCAGAUGAUGAUGAAGUUGCUGAUGAUCAAGAACAAACUCAUGAGAAGAUAGUUGAAGUUGAAAAGAAGACAGGAUCCAUUAAUAAGGAUUUUGAGGGUUCUAAAACUAAUUCUGAAACUAAAGAUAUGUUAAAAAGCUUGUUAUCAGGAUCUGGAGAAGGUUUUGAAGUUAUAACUAAAAUUCGCGAUGAAACUGAAUUAGCUUUUAAUGUUAUUGGAAUGAGUUCUUCUGAAAAUGGAUUUAAAAGACAAUUAAUGGCACGAUUACGUCAAAAAGGUUUCAAUGCAGGUCUUUGCAAAUCAAGAUGGGAAAAAACGGAUCGAUUUCCAGCUGGGACAUUUGAGUAUGUAGAUGUAAUCGUCUCAGGAAAUCGUUACAUUGUGGAAGUAUAUCUCGCCGGAGAAUUCACCAUUGCUAGACCAACUAAUCAUUACACAUCUAUACUCGAAGCAUUUCCUCAAAUUUUUGUGGGCAAACCUGAUCAACUAAAACAAGUAGUCAAAAUAAUGUGCCGGGCAAGUAAACAAUCUUUAAAGAAAAAUGAUAUGCAUAUUCCUCCGUGGAGAAGUAAUGGGUAUAUGCAAGCGAAAUGGUUUAGUUUGUAUAAGAGAACAAUCAAUGCGGUAACAGAAAUGGUUGGGACAGAUUCCCGUAGUGGCAAACGAUCUGUUGGAUUUGAUACAACUCCAACACCUAUGAAGGUUUAUUACUGUAGAGAGGAGUUGGAGCGGAGAAGGGAUGUGGAAAUGGGUAAAAAGGUAGGGAAAUUAGGUCAGUUAUUUGUAUAA